AUGACUCGAUGUACAUCAUGUGGCUUUAUUGAAGAAAAUAACCACAGUCUGAUUUGUGAAGCUCUGCGGAAUCGAGGAUUACCCAAUGAGACUGGUCCUGAGUUUCCAGUAAAAGAUCUUCCUAGUUGUUGUCAAUGUGGAUCUCUUAUUCGUUCUCAUAUUGUUUGGUUUGGUGAAUCACUUUGGCCUGAUCCUUUACAAAAACAUCGAUGA